CCAGGACUAAACUAGGACUGAACCAGGAUUGAACCAGGACUAAACCAGGACUAAACCAGGAGAGGCAGAGAGACAGCGUUACAGAAGCUCACAACUCACACCGACCCAGGAAACAAGCUGACAGGAAAUAGAGCUGUGAUGGCGAGGUACACCGAACCAGAAAAACACCUGACUUUGGAUGAAUUAAACCAGCAAACAUACAACAAUUAUCUGUACAAGCUUUCACCAGAACAUGGAUAUAACAUUCCAGCUUAUCCCAGACCGGAGCUCCAUGUGACGCAUGUGAGCCACAGCACUGAUCUGGAGGCUCUGGAGGGCAUCAGGGCUGAUGGAGGAUUCAGAGAUCCAAUCGACAGAACACCAAAAGUGGUGUGGUUCCGUCUGACUGUGACUCCUGAUGAUCUGAGAGACGCAGAGGCCAGGACAAUGGAGAUAGUCAAACCAGGCGGGGUCGAAGAGGAGUUCAGGCCUAUGCGGGCUUAUGGUGGUCAGCCCAGGGAUAAAGAGUUUCUGUCGAAAUUUGCCUCGUCUCCGGCCUUCUUGUCCAGCUCUAGAUACGGCUCGUAUCGUUUCACCUUUGACUUGAGGGACGUCCUGGACAAGUACAGUGAGCAGUUCUGUGGUGGGCGGUCUCCUGUUAUGAGAAGGUGGAAAACUCAGCUGUACAAACAGGAAGUGAUGUAUGCAGUACUGGUCCACAGCCCGCACCAAAACAAGAAGUUCAAAAGGUUCCCUCGGCUGGAGAAGACUCCAGACAACAUCUGUGCGUUCAGAGAUGGGCCAAAGCCAUACUUCCUCUGGAGACCUCAGGCCAUGUGUGGGACACACAGAUUUAAGCUGUUGGACUCUGGGGACACUGUGUCUAUUCCUAAAGAGUUUUUCGUGUGGGACCAUGUGGCUCUGGCUCUGGUGGUGGAUGAUCAGGUGCUCCAAUUCAGCGGCAAUAAGCUGCAGAAGAGUCUGAGGUUUUGUGAGCGGGGGAAGCGUCAAGUGCGCCACGAUGUGACGUUUGAGCCAUAUGGCACAGCCAACAAAGUCGUGCAUGAGCUCUGGCCUUAUUCAAAAGCUCUGCAAAGGUUUGACUUGUCUCACCUCCACAUCCUCUGAGGAACGCCCAAAGAACCCCCGAAGAACCCCCGAAGAACCCCCGAAGAACGACCGAAGAACUCCCGAAGAACGCCCGAAGAACGCCCGAAGAACCCCCGAAGAACCCCGAACAACGCCCAAAGAAUGCUCGAAGAACGCUCGAAGAACGCCCGAAGAACGCCCGAAGAACCCCCGAAGAACCCCCGAAGAGUGCCUGAAGAGCGCAGGACCCCUGGCCCCUCGUCAUUUCGUCCAGGGGCCAGGGGCUAAAGUCUAAGUCUUUGACAAAAGGCAAAGCUUCAUUUAGACCUAAAACUGUCACAAAAACACAUCCAGCUUUUCUUUGACUUUCCUCUGAUGCUCCAGAGGCUCCAUUUCCCCCAAACACAGUUUGACAAACAGCAAACUCUGACGAGUCUCACUCAUGUUGCUUUUGUAAAGAUAUUUUUCACACUCAGGUUAUGGUCAGGACCAGAGUCAGGACCAGGGUCAGGACCAGGUUUAGUACCAGGGCCAGGACCAGGUUUAGGAUAUGGGUUAGGACGAGGCUUAGGUUAAGGAACAAGUGAGUUUUAGUGUUUUUGGUUCACGAUUUAACCGAGUCUUGGCAAAAAUGAGCUGUAUUUUUAGACAAAAAAAAACAAAAAAAAAAACUACAAAGAUGUUCUCAACUGUUUUUAACAGAUCAUAAAAUGCUGUGUCUCUGAACUUAAAUCUAAGACAUGAACUCACUGUCCAGGAAACACAGGACACAGCAGAGACAGCUUUGACUGACAUGGAGUACGAAGCCCCGCCCCCAGACGAAAUGCAGAGAAUUUAGGGAGUCCCUGAGGAAAGCCAGAAUUAGGAUCUGUUUUAGCAAAUAAUAAACACACUCAUUUGGCCUUUUAUUUCAUUGUUUGGUUUUGUCUUAACGUAGAAAUGUUCUCCACACUGUUGUGUUCAGAUCUUUAACCACGUUCUCGUCGUUUCCUCUCGUUGAGCCUCUGAAGGCGAGCGAGUCCCGCCCCACAGACGUUAAAUAAACAGCUCUUGAGGUGCUGGGCAGACUCCUAAAUGUCAGGGCCACAUUGGAGUGCGACAGAUAAUAGAAAUUACAAGGUCAGUCUGGGGUAAUAAUACAGACAAUACUUUUCCUGUAAAGUUAGGCUAAUGCUAAUGCUAAUGGUUUCCAGCUAAACAUAAACACAAGAAUGAAAAAAACAUUAAGUUAGAAAUGGACCAAACACGAGUUGUUUAAACUGUCAAAAGUUUGUUCUCACACACUGUAACAUUUAACAAAAUAACGGUGUUUUCUUAUAUUUUUAUUCGUCAGAUAAUCUCUCUGUGACAUUAGAGGAGUUUUGGCUCAGUGGGAUUUUAUAAUUUAAAACCAGGAAGUUGUUUUUUUGUUUGGUUUUUUUUCUUUUUUUUUACCACAUUUAACUUGAGUUUUAUUCUUAGUAAUGAACGUGCUGACAUAAUGACAGGGCCACUGCCACGUCUAGGUCAGGGAUUGGUGACCUUUAACCCCCAAAGAGCCAUUUGGACACGGUUUCCAUGGAAACGAAAAACAGUGGGAGCCGCAAACACUUUUAAAAAUUUUUUUAUUUUCUAAGUUUGUCCUUUUCUGCCGUAUCAUAAAGUGUCAGGAUAUUUUACGGU